AUGAAGGUGUGUGUCCUCCUCGCGUGUGUGUGGCUUCUCUGCUGGAGGUCGGAGGCUCAGUCCAGCUCGUAUCUGAUAACGGCGCCUCUAUCGCUCCGCCUGGACGCCGUGGAGACCGUGGUGGUGCAGCUGUUUGGUUUUACAGGUGAAGUCAACGUCUACCUGUUCCUGAAGACGUCAAUGGCUCCGAAUCACCGGGUUCUGGCUCGGGAGGUCGUGACCCUUAAUGCACAAAAUAACCACCAGGCUGACGCCACAGUCCGGCUGUGCCCAAACCAGCUGGACAAGAGUGCGACUCAUGUGAUUCUCCAUGUGCAGUCAGACGUGAUCAAUCAGCACCAGUCUGUGCCCAUCAGUCGCACCAACGGCUUCCUGUUCAUCCAAACCGACAAACCGCUGUACACGCCGCGUCAGAGCGUCAAAGUGAGGGCGUUCUCCUUGAACCAGGAGCUGAGACCAGCUAAUCGAAGCGUCUACCUGACAUUUAAGGACCCGGACCAUACAACAGUGGACAUUGUGGAGAUGGUCGAUGUGAACAAUGGAAUCCCAUCUCUGCAAAACCCCUUUAAGAUCCCUGUCAACCCAAAGUUGGGCAUUUGGUCCAUUGAAGCUUCUUACUCCAAUGAUUUCACCACAACAGCAGCCACCGACUUUGAAGUUAGAGAAUACGUUCUUCCCAGUUUCUCCAUCCAAGUGGAACCACAAGCAAAUUACAUCAGUCACAAUUUAUUCACCAGUUUCAACUUCAAGGUUUCAGCCAGGUAUCUCCACGGCGCUCCGGUGGCUGAUGGUGACGUGUUUCUGCGCUACGGCUAUGUUAGUGGGAAAAGUCCUCCAGUUAUCAUCCCAAACUCUAUCAUCAGAGAAAGUUUGUCCUCAGCGGGUGACGUGGAUGUGAAUGUUAAUAUGCAGAAGGUUCUGUCUGAAUACAAUGGACCAAAAGACCUCAACAGCCUGCUGGGGAAGUACCUGUACAUAGCUGUACUGGUGGAAGAGAGCACAGGUGGUAUUACUCAGGAGACCGAGUUUGCUGCAGUGAAGUUUGUCAAAUCACCUUACAGCCUGAGCCUGGUGUCCACGCCCCCCUUCAUCAAACCUGGACUGCCUUAUAACAUCCAGGUGUGUGUGAAGGAUCACCUGGACAAGCCAGUGAGAGGUGUUCAGGUCAGUCUGGUGGAGAAUCAGCUGUUCAGACAGGGGAGGGACCCCGAGGCCAUGUCCUGCAGCGACAGCUCCACCAGCGAAUCAAACGGCCUCGCUUUCUUCAUCUGCAACACACCUGGUGAUGGAGUCAGGGCCGUUCUCAAGUUUCAGACAGAUGACUCCACCCUCCCAGCAGCCAGUCAGAGCAGUCUGACUCUGACGGCGGUUGCUUAUUACUCACCAAACCAACGUUAUCUCUACAUCGACGCCCCGCUGAUGGGUCCCGGCCUCCAGGUGGGACGACCAGCGCGUCUCAGCGUGUACUCGGCCACGCCCUCCUACAUUCCCAUCACAACCAUCAGCUACCUGGUGAUCUCUAAAGGGAAGGUGGUGGAUUUCGGCAGCCAGAAGUUUCUCUCCAACGCUGACAACAAACAGAGCCUGAGCUUUCAGGUGACGCCCGCCAUGGUGCCGUCCAUCAGGCUGCUGGUCUACUACAUCCUGUUUGGAGAGGGGACGUCCGAGCUGGUGGCCGACUCCGUGUGGCUGGACGUCGAAGACAGAUGCAUCAGCGGGCUCCAGACUGACAUGUCUCUGGGUAAGCAGUACUACAAGCCCAAGGAACAACUCCAGCUGGAUGUGAGGGCCAAUCAGGAUGGCCUGGUGGCUCUGUCUGCUGUCGACGCCGCCAUCUUUACCCUACGACCCAACUACCGAGACCCCGUUUCUAUGGUUCUUCGUCACAUCGAGCAGAGCGACCUGGGCUGCGGUGGAGGCGGCGGUAAAGACAGCGCAGAUGUUUUCCAUCUGGCCGGCCUCACCUUCAUCACCAACGCCAACACGGCCCCCUCGACCAGCAAUGGGGCGUGUACAGCUGUCGUGCGUGCAAAGCGAGCUCUGACCGAAGAGGAGAAAAAAGAGAAAGCGGCAAGAUAUGGUAACUUCAAAGUGUGCUGUGAAAAUGGGAUGAAGCGUGCUCCAACGUAUACAGGCUGCCUUGAAGAAGCUGCGGUAUUUGUCCACAAGAACAGGAAUGUCUUCAAACAUGAAAGAGGAAGACAAGCCUGCGUAAAGGCCUACCAAGAAUGCUGUGAGCAUCUCCUGAGGAGCCUCGGCCAAGGCAGCGUCAUUGCACGUAAUGAAAUGGGUGCAGACUUUGACCUCGCUCCUUCUCUGGUGCGGAGCUACUUUCCAGAGAGCUGGAUGUGGGAAGUGCAGCGCAUCAGUUCAGGGCGGCUGGCGGUCAGCAGGACUCUGCCGGACUCUCUCACCACGUGGCAGAUAAAGGCCGUCGGCAUUUUCAAGAACGGUAUGUGCGUGGCAGAUCCCGUCCAGGUGUCGGUCAGUCUGCCGCUCAGCUUGGACAUCCCGCUGCCCUAUCAGGUGGUCAGAGGAGAGCAGCUGGAGCUGAAGGGGUCCGUGUACAACCAGCAGCUAGACCGCGUUAGGUACUGCGUGACGCUGACAGUCGGCCCGGCGAUCUGCCUGCUCAAGUCUCAGCCUGUGAUUGGGCAGGCAGGGCUUCGCUCUACAGCAUGCAGAUGGAACGACAUACCAGGAAAAGGGGUGGAACCAGUGAGCUUCACCCUGCUGGGUCUGGAGCCUGGAGAGCACACCCUGACCUUCACCCUGAAAACACCCUACAGACGGGCAGACAUCAUGGAGAAGAAGCUGCGAGUGGUGCCUGAAGGAGUGAGGCGGGAGGUGAGCUCUGGAGGAAGACUCGACCCACAGGGAGUGUAUGGCUCAGAGAAGAGGACAGUGGAGCUGAAGAACCAAGUGCCGAUCAACAUGGUUCCCAACACGGAUGUGGAGAGGAUGCUGACGAUCAAUGGCGAGGUGCUGGGGGAAGUCCUGUCAGUGGCGCACAACCCCGAAGGCUUCCGGCAGCUCAUCAACCUGCCGGUUGGAUCAGCGGAGGUGGAGCUCGGCGGCCUCCUCCCCCUCAUCCAGCUGUUUCAGUACCUGGAAACAUCAGGCAGCUGGAACGUGCUGGGAGAAGACAUCCAGAAGAGCGCAGCUAACAUGAAGAGGAAGAUCAGGGAGGGCCUCGUCAGCAUCAGUUCAUUCAGACUUGGAGACUCGAGCUACAGCAUGUGGAGGAAUAGAGAGCCCAGCACCUGGAUCACGGCCCUGGUGGUGAGGGCUCUGGCUGCGGCGGACCCCGUGGUCUCCGUGAACCAUCAGACUCUCUCAGAGUCUGUGACCUGGCUGAUGUUCAAGGCUCAGCAGCCGGACGGGUCCUUCACUGAGGAGUCCCCCUACAAAUCCAACAGAAUCUUGGCUGAGGGGACAGAUCCAGUGGACCAAUCAGUGUAUCUGACAUCCUUUACACUGAUUGCUCUACACAAAGCAACAAAGAUUAGAGACCCGAUCCUGCAGCUUCAGAUCCACGAGGACAGUAUUAGUUCUGCCGUAGCCUACAUUUCCCAGCAUGCCCUGAGUGUGAAGAGUGUUUACGUACGUGCAGUGGCGACCUAUGCGCUGACCCUUCAUGACCCCAACAGCAUGAUAUCCUUCCAGCUCAUCAGCAGCCUGGAGAAGCUGGCACGGCAAAAAGGUAAUCCUGCUGUACUCAGGUACUGGCAGGAGGCCAGUGUGACAUGUGACUGGCUGAAGCCCGACCAAUCUAGCGGUGUGACGGUGGAGAUGACGGCGUACGUCCUAUUGACUAUGCUGGUUAAGGGGAGGAUCUCGUAUGCGAAACCCAUCCUGUCCUGGCUGACCCAGGAUCAGCACUACGGUGAAGGUUUCUACUCUGUGCAGGACACCUUCUUGACUCUGGAGGCAUUAACGGAGUACAGCAGAGUUGUCUCUCGAGCCGCCCUCAGUCAGGACAUCAGCAUCCGCUACAGAACAAAAGGAAUUCUGGGACAAAUCCAGCUGAGCCAGAGUCGACCCGUGGCCUCGCCCUUCCAGGUAACAAAGAAUGAUGACAUCACCGUGUCCACAGGUUAUGGUCGCGGCGUGUCCAAUGUGAAGAUGAAGACGGUGUACUAUCAGACCGUGGCGUCCGCACAGGCCACGUGUAACUUUGACCUCACGAUUGAGGUGUCUUCUUUCUCCUCCUCAGAUCCAAGAUUACGAACUCCUACCCUGGUGGCCUGUGUAAAGUAUAAACCUCCUCCUAACGAGGUGUUCACCGAGUCCAGUCUGACCGUGAUGAAGAUCCAGCUGCCCACAGGUGUGGACGCGUACCUGGAGGACCUGAAGCAGCUGAUGGACCCGAGUCAGCCAAUCAUCUCCCACUACGAGCUCCAGGGGCACACCAUCAUCAUCCAGAUGGACUCUGUUCCCUCAGACAUAUUUCUGUGCGUGGGCUUUCGGAUUAGGACCACGUUUAAGGUGACCGGAGCCACCAAGUCCUUGCUCAGUGUCAGCGAGCCCCAGGACAGAGGCAGUUUGUGCACAAAGCAGUUCUCCUACAAGCAGCAGAAGCUGCAGCGCCUCUGUCUGGGCGAACAGUGUCAGUGCAUGACAGCGGCAUGCGCCACCUACAGAGGAGACGUGGACGUGACGCUCACAGCAGACAAACGAACCAAUGAGACGUGUCAGCCUCACAUCAAAUACGCGUACAAGGUGACGGUGACGAAGUCAGCAGCAGAAGGAGACUUUAUGACCUACACAGCCACCGUAGAUGAAGUCAUUAAGAACACAGAUAAAGAUUUCGAGGGCGUGAGGUCUGGGACCGUGGUGGAUCUGGUGAAGAAGGCAACCUGCAGCGGCAUGGACAUCCAGAACAACAGACAGUACCUGCUGAUGGGAGCCAGUGGGUCAGAGGUCACGCUUGACAACAACUACAAGUAUCGCCUCCCUCUGGACUCGGAGGCCGUGUUUGAGCUGUGGCCGACAGACUGUAGUUCUCCUGAGUGUACGGACUACAUUUCCCACCUGGAGGACUUCGCCCUGAACCUGCAGUUAUGGGCCUGCAGCUGA